ACAAUAUAAAUAUAUUUGUUGGAGCUGAAUAGAACCUUUAUCGGUUCAUAUGGCCAUCUAUGGGACAUUACUGUUAUAGACAGACAAAAUGCAUCGUGGAAAUGAAUGAACCCGUGGAAAUAGUUGAUAAACAGAAGUGGAGCUUUGAAGACCGACAUCUAAAUGAUGAAUAUGUAUCUGGCAUGAUGGAGUUCCUCAGCAUUGAUGUGGAUCUGAGCCCUGGUUCGUCAAACAGAGAGGAAACAUUAUGCUCUAAAAAUGUGAUGCGAAAGCAGCGGAACUGGGAGAGGAGACUGGAGGCAAAAAAGAGCAAGAGGAAAGAGGAAAAACAGAGAAGGAAACAGAACCAGCAAGAUAAAGCAGAUGUGUCUCAGUUCAGUAAACGUGUCAUCAAGGCUAUCACAAGAGAACGUCUGGAGGAGGCAAGAGCAGCUGGACCAAGACUGUGUGUGGAUCUGAGCAUGACCGACUGCAUGUCGCACAAAAGAUGGGGGUCUCUUCUCGAUGUAUACAUGGUCAUCACUCCUGAAGUUCCACUUCAGAUCUGUAAUGAAAUCAGUCGUCUCGCCAGUCAAAUCAGACGUCUCUAUGGGUCCAAUAGGAAAGCCAUGCAGCCGUUUCACCUCUUCCUCACAGACAUGAAAGAAGACAGUCUGCUUUAUAAAGAGUGCAUCAGAAUGAAUGAAGGCUUCCUGAACUACUUGAUUGAUGUCACUGAAGAGAGUUGGAUUGAGCUCUUUCCUUGUGAGGACAUAAUUUAUUUAACUCCAGAUGCAAGUGAAGCUUUAGAGGAAGUAAAUGGAGACAAGGUCUACAUUCUUGGAGGCCUGGUUGAUGAGAGCAUUCAAAAGAAACGGACCUACACCAGGGCGAAAGAGCUCGGUGUGCAGAUGAUGAGGCUACCCAUUGAUGAGUACAUGAUGAAAAGACCAAACCCCAAGAAUUUUCACUCAAAAAUCCUAGCUAUCAACCAAGUAUUUGAAAUCCUGCUGACUUAUCGUGACACUGGAAGCUGGAGCAAAGCCCUCAGUGCUGGAGUUCCCACAGGAAAGGGAUACAUCGUGUCUUCUGAAGCAGAGUUGGAUUUUCCAUGGUGACCAAUAACCUGUAUACCUAAGGAUGACAAUUUAGACAGACAUCUCACAAGCCUUUGAGAGAGAAUUGAGAACUGAUUCUGCACUGAUCUGGCUGUUUUAAUGUGAAUUUAAAAUAUUAAUUAACGCUCAUCACUGACCAAAUGUUAAAGUACUGACCGGAUUAAGAUAUUAACACAGUUGUGCCUGCUGUUCUUCUGGGAACAUUAUUGUUGUCACUAAGCAUGACAGCCUUUGGUUUUUGCAUUUCUGUCUUUAAACAAUCAUUUUAAUUAACUUAGGUCAUGGAAUAAACUUAAACAAUUACUCAAUUCAGAUGCUAUUAGUUUGCUCUUAGAACUGCAGCUCUUCACCAGGAUAUAAUCUAUUUUGAAUUUAAUUUAUAGUAUUUAUCCAAAACACACUAAUAUUUCCAUUUUAUUCUACUGUUAAUAAGGAUUUCAUGGUCAAUGUACUUUCCAUGUCAGUAUGUUGUUUCUCUGUUUUCCUGCACUGAAUUUUAUAGUCAUAUUUAUUCAUAUGUAGCCAGUUGCCGAUUUAUUUACUGUACUCUCAAGAAAGCUACACAAGAACAAAUCCUAUUCGUCGCCACUAGAUGGCGCGCUAUCCAACUAUAUGACUCAUCAGUUUCCUUCCGUCUCAUCACAAUUGCUGUAAUUUGAAAUUAACAGAAUACAUUUUUUAUUACAAUUAAAGUUCUUUGUAGAGCUUACCGAGAUAACAGAGCGUCAUUUUCCAUUUUUAUGGGUUAUGUGAAUGUAUAACUAUUUCAAAUAAAAAUGGGGGAAAAAAUUAUAAAUUUUAAAAUUAAGCAAAGAUCUAUUUUGAAAUGUUUGGGUCGCACACAAUUUAGCUGAAUUGCGGGAAAUAAUAAAAUUUAAUACAUUAGCAUCAUACAAUAAAGAUGUACAGUAAGUGUGCAGUUACAUGUAGGCCUAAAUAUAGUCUACCAAUUAGCCUAUACUUUUUUUCUUUCUUCAAUCGGUAGACGUCACGCUUUCAUUUGUGGUGUCUUAAAUUGCACAGGAUUCUAACAUUUCUCUGUUUCAGACAAAAACAUAAUGGUAGUUGGAAUCAAAAAUAUUAAAACCAGAUGGUUUGGUUGAUUACUUUAGUAGGUUUUUAUCAGAAUGGGGCGGUAUACAGCAGAAUUUACAGAGCCGGCAACAAGGCAUUACAUUACACAAGUAAAUGUUCUUAUUUGAGUAUUUUAUGUUGUUGUUGUUGUUGUUGUGGAGACAAUUUACCAUUUACGUUAAACGUCAUCAUGCCGAACAGGAAAACUCAUCUACUACACCCUUGUUGUGUUUAUACUCGUGCUCUUGCAAACUAUUCCAAUUCAAACUUUCCAACUUGUAGAUUUAUCAGUUUGUAGUAUUUUCCAAUUGUAGUGUUUUUUAAAUAAAAGUUUGAAAGAGUUG